CACUAGUUUGAAGUGAAAUCUGACAGCCGCUGCCUUGUCCGAUCCUCUUCCCGUCUCCACUCUCCGCUGGUCAUCCCGCCUCCGUUUCGAGCUCAGUCGGGACUGUGGGACCGCAUCUGCCUUCAACUUGGGGCGAGGAAAGAGGCGAGAAACUCCUCGGGAUUCUCCGUACAUCGAGCGCUCAUCAGGAUUUUGUGUUUGAUGUGUUCAAGUACUUCUUAAGGAGAAUUCUGGGGAGAUUUCACACUCUUUCAUUCCUCAAGGAUGAAGCAGCAGAGUGGACAUAUGUGCUGAAACAGCUCCCACUUUCAAACUUCAUGUUCAAGCAUGAGCCAUGAGCAAAGGUUGUGAAGGCUCGUUUCUAUCAUCCUGUCGUACAGUGAGGCAGUGAGCUCACCGUGGAUACAGCAUGCAUGUGUCGACUUAUCCCACGAUGCACUCUGCCAGCCCGGGCCUGCUUCUUCUCAGCUUCCUCUUCCUUGCUGAUGCUGACUCUCCACCCAGAUUCACACGAACCCCAGAGGACCAAACGGGAGUCCAGGGCGGAGUGGCCUCCUUUGUGUGCCAGGCCACAGGGGAUCCACAGCCAAAGAUUGUCUGGAACAAGAAGGGCAAAAAAGUCAGCAACCAGAGGUUUGAGGUAAUAGAGUUUGAUGAUGGAUCUGGCUCAGUCCUGAGGAUCCAGCCGCUGAGAACUCCCAGAGACGAGGCCAUCUAUGAAUGUCAUGCCUCCAACUCAGCUGGAGAAAUCACAGCCUCCACCCGACUCAAUGUGCUACGAGAGGACCAGCUACCCCCAGGGUUUCCCACCAUUGACAUGGGUCCCCAGCUAAAAGUGGUAGAGCGUUCUCGGACCGCCACCAUGCUCUGCGCUGCGAGCGGCAACCCUGACCCAGAAAUUACCUGGUUCAAGGAUUUCCUGCCGGUCAACACGUCCAAUAACAACGGACGAAUCAAGCAGCUCCGCUCAGAGUCCUUUGGUGGCACGCCCAUACGAGGUGCCCUCCAGAUAGAGAUGAGUGAGGAGUCAGACCAGGGGAAAUAUGAGUGUGUUGCCACCAACAGUGAUGGGACACGCUAUUCCACCCCGGCUAACCUCUAUGUCAGAGAGUUGCGAGAAGUUCGUCGUGUGCCCCCUCGCUUCUCCAUCCCCCCAUCCGACAGCGAAAUCAUGCCAGGCGGAAACGUCAACAUCACCUGUGUGGCGGUUGGCUCGCCCAUGCCGUACGUGAAGUGGAUGCUGGGAGCAGAGGACCUGACGCCUGAGGAUGACAUGCCCAUCGGUCGAAACGUGCUGGAACUGACUGACGUGCGCCAGUCCAACAACUACACCUGCGUCGCCAUGUCGACGCUGGGUGUGAUCGAAGCAAUGGCGCAGAUUAUUGUAAAAGCUCUGCCAAAGGCUCCUGGCAUCCCUGUAGUUACAGAAAGAACUGCAACAAGCAUAACUCUCACCUGGGACUCAGGAAAUCCUGAACCUGUCUCCUAUUAUGUCAUACAGCAUCGUGCCAAAGGCUCAGAGGACCCCUACAAAGAGAUCGAUGGCAUAGCCACAACGCGCUACAGCGUGGGCGGCCUCAGCCCGUACUCACAUUAUGACUUUCGGGUGGCAGCUGUCAACACCAUCGGCCAGGGCCCCUCCAGCGACGUGGUGGAGGCUCGCACAGCAGAGCAGGCCCCCUCCUCACCUCCCCGGCAGGUCAUUGGUCGGAUGCUGAGCGCCACAACAGCAAUGAUACACUGGGAUGAGCCAGAGGAACCUAAUGGUCAGGUGGUUGGUUACAGAGUUUACUACACCUCUGACAACACACUCCCAGUCAACCAGUGGGAGAAGCAGAUGGUGCGCAGCUCCAACUUCAUCACCAUCCAGGAUUUGACUCCUAACAAGACCUAUUACAUCCGAGUGCUGGCAUUCACCUCUGUAGGAGACGGACCCCUCUCCCAGGACCUGCGAAUCAUAGCCAAGACUGGAGUUCCAUCCCAGCCUUUAGACUUUAAGGGUGAAGCCAAGUCUGAGACCAGUAUCCUCUUGUCUUGGAUGGCCCCCUCAACCCAAGGUGGCCCAGACAGCCAAAUCACAGGCUAUGAACUGGUUUACCGAAGGGUGGAUGACACAGAGGAGAAGAAAGUGAGCUUUGAACCCACCACCUCCUACUUGCUCAAGAACCUGAAGCCCUUUUCAACCUACAACUUCCAGCUGGCAGCCAAGAGUAAAAAUGGAAUUGGGGCGUAUACCAAUGAAGUGUCCAUAGACACGCCACAGACACUUCCUUCAGCACCUCCCCAGGACAUCACAUGCACCAGUCCCAGUUCCACCGGCAUCCUGGUAAGUUGGGCUCCACCUCCCCAGGAGUUUCAGAAUGGCGUCAUAACAGGAUACUCCAUCCAGUACUCCACAACAGAGGGCAACAAAACUUCUAAAAGAGUUGAUGGAAUUUCUCCGGAAAGUUCUCCGUAUCUUCUGGAAAACCUAGAGAAAUGGACUGAGUAUGGGAUAACAGUGUUGGCACGCACGGAAGCUGGAGACGGACCAGAAAGUUUACAGCUGCUUAUCCGCACUGAGGAAGAUGUUCCAAGUGGUCCUCCUCGAGGGGUUGAGGCAGAGACUGUGAACGCCUCGGCCGUUAGGGUGAAAUGGCGAGCACCGGCAAUCCAACUGCAGCACGGUCAGGUCCGAGGCUACCAAAUCCAUUAUGUGAGGAUGAACUAUGGAGAACUUCAGGGUCAGCCCUUCAUCAAAGACAUCCUCAUUGAUGACUCACAGUGGGAACGUGGUGACUCAACAGAAUAUGAGGUGGUGCUGGGAGACCUGAAAGCAGACACUUCCUAUUCUGUGUCAGUAGCAGCUUACACAGCUAAAGGUGAUGGUGCUCGCAGCAAACCUGUAACUGUGUGCACCGCCCUGCCUUUACCUGAGAAACCCAAACUGAUGGUCACUGCCACUGAAUCAGGCACGGCCCUGCUCCAGUGGUAUCCUACUCCCAACCCCCCCACCCCACUCCUGGGGUACCGCCUCACCUUCGGCCGCAUUGACGUCCUUCCCUUUACUGUGGUGGAGUUCCCCACUAAGGAAAGCCGCUACACUGCUCAGGAUAUCCAUAAGGGAGCUAACUAUGUGUUCAGACUUUCUGCCCGUAACAAAAUGGGCUAUGGAGAAGAGGCUGUAAAGGAGGUGACUACUCCAGAAGAUGCCCCAAGUGGAUACCCAGAAAAUGUUAUUUCAGAGGAGGCUUCUGCCAACUCGCUCCGGCUGGCGUGGAAAUCAGUCCCGCUAAUUGAGCAAAAUGGGAAAAUUGUGAAGUACUCGGUGCUAUACAAGGAUAUAAACAGUCGAGGAAAUGCCUCAGAGGUUGUAGUGCCCGCUCCUGGGUCGAGUGUUUUGUUGGAGGGUCUGAGUGCCGAUACUGUGUAUGAUGUCAGGGUGUGUGCGUUCACAGCUGUCGGGGGUGGGCCGUACAGCCCUGGUGUCCAGUUUAGAACGCAGCGGCUAGACCAAGUUUUUGCCACCAACUUUAGAGUAAAGGCCGCCAUGAAGAACUCUGUUCUGCUCUCUUGGGAGAUCCGGGACAAGAACCCAUCCCAGCCGUUCACAAUCCUGUAUGGAAAGGGCCGGUCUGUGGAAGUAGAUGGCAAGCAGACUCAGAAGCUCAUCACUGGCUUGGAUCCAGACACCCAGUAUUCUUUUUUGCUCACUAACCGAGCCAACAGCGCCGGUGGCCUGCAGCACCGUGUCACUGCCACAACAGCUCCAGACAUCCUGAAAACCAAACCUGUUGUCGUGGGAAAGACCAAUGCCGACGGCAUGGUGACUGUGCAGCUGCCAACUGUACAAACCACAGCCAAAGUCAGGGGUUACUAUGUGGUGGUGGCGCCGCUGAAGAGGCAGAGAGGAGGCAAGUUCCUGAAUCCCUGGGAGCAUCCAGAUCAAAUGAAUCUGGAUGAGCUCCUUAAAGAGAUCAACAGGACCAGUGUCAGUCGUGCCCUGCGCAUCCGCAGACAGGCUGGCCAAUCAGAUCCCAAGGCCUACGUCACAGCUCAGUUUAAGACCCUUCCCUUGGAGUUUACGUUAGGUGAUGGCCGAAACUAUGGUGAUUUCCGCAACCGUCCUCUGCAGAAUGGGCAGGAGUAUGUCUUCUUUGUCCUCGCACUGCUGGACCUCUCUGAAAAUACGAUGUUUGCAACAAGCCCUUAUUCUGAUCCGGUGACCUCGUCAGAUGUGGAUCCUCAGCCGAUAGUUGAUGAGGAGGAGGGGCUGUUGUGGGUGGUGGGGCCUGUGCUGGCUGUAAUAUUCAUUGUCUGCAUCGUCAUCGCAAUUCUUCUAUUUAAGAGCAAACCUGACAGGAAAAGGGCUGAGGCUGAGGGAAGGAAGGGCAGUUUCCCCUGCAGCAAAGCCAUGUCCUCUCACCACCCCACUGAUCCCGUGGAGCUGCGCAGAAUCAACUUCCAAACUCCAGCCUACCGUGUAUCAGUGUACCGCGGUUAUCGCCGUUUGUCAAGUAUGGCCAGUCACCCGCCGGUCCCCAUUUCUGAGCUGGCAGAUCACAUCGAGCGCCUCAAGGCAAACGACAAUCUCAAGUUCUCUCAAGAGUAUGAGUCCGUCGACCCCGGUCAGCAGUUCACAUGGGAGAACUCCAACUUGGAGGUCAACAAACCAAAGAACCGCUAUGCUAACGUCAUUGCUUACGAUCACUCAAGAGUUAUACUGUCCAGCAUUGAGGGUGUCCCUGGCAGUGACUACAUUAAUGCAAACUAUAUAGACGGCUACCGCCGCCAAAAUGCUUAUAUUGCCACUCAAGGCUCCCUCCCUGAGACCUUUGGGGACUUCUGGAGGAUGGUUUGGGAGCAGCACACAGCUAACAUCAUCAUGAUGACCAAACUGGAGGAGAAGUCACGGAUGCCCUCUUAUUUCUUCUCUAAGGUGAAGUGCGAUCAGUACUGGCCCACUCGAGGCACAGAGACCUACGGCCUCAUUCAGGUCACUCUGCUGGACACAGUGGAGCUGGCCACCUACUCCGUCAGAACCUUUGCUCUUUACAAGAGCGGCUCCAAUGAGAAGCGUGAGGUUCGUCACUUCCAGUUCACAGCCUGGCCAGACCACGGGGUGCCUGAACACCCCACCCCUUUCCUGGCCUUCCUACGCAGGGUCAAGGCCUGCAACCCUCCAGAUGCAGGACCAAUGAUUGUCCAUUGCAGCGCUGGAGUGGGCCGCACCGGCUGCUUCAUCGUCAUUGACGCCAUGACGGAGCGCAUCAAGCACGAGAAGACCAUCGACAUCUACGGCCACGUCACACUGAUGCGCUCCCAGCGGAACUACAUGGUCCAGACAGAGGACCAGUACAUCUUUAUCCAUGAUGCUCUGCUGGAGGCCGUGACCUGCGGGAACACUGAGGUUCCAGCGAGGAAUCUGUACUCUUACAUCCAGAGGCUGACACAGAUUGAGCCAGGAGAAAACGUCACUGGCAUGGAGCUGGAGUUUAAGCGCCUGGCAAGUGCCAAGGCUCACACAUCACGGUUUGUGAGUGCCAAUCUGCCAUGCAACAAGUUCAAGAACCGACUGGUGAAUAUUAUGCCCUAUGAAACCACACGCGUGUGUCUGCAGCCAAUCAGAGGAGUGGAAGGAUCUGACUAUAUCAAUGCCAGCUUCAUUGAUGGAUACAGGCAGCAGAAGGCCUAUAUAGCAACCCAAGGCCCACUGGCUGAGACCACAGAGGACUUCUGGAGAAUGCUGUGGGAGCACAACUCCACCAUCGUGGUCAUGUUAACCAAGCUGAGAGAAAUGGGAAGGGAGAAGUGUCACCAGUACUGGCCUGCAGAGCGCUCAGCCAGGUACCAGUACUUCGUUGUGGAUCCCAUGGCCGAGUACAACAUGCCCCAGUACAUCCUCCGAGAGUUCAAAGUGACAGAUGCCAGAGAUGGCCAAUCACGGACAGUUCGUCAAUUCCAGUUCACUGAUUGGCCAGAACAAGGAGUGCCAAAAUCAGGAGAAGGGUUUAUUGAUUUUAUUGGCCAGGUGCACAAAACUAAAGAACAGUUUGGCCAGGACGGGCCAAUUACUGUGCACUGCAGUGCUGGAGUGGGGAGGACCGGCGUCUUCAUCACCCUCAGUAUCGUGCUGGAGAGGAUGAGGUAUGAGGGAGUAGUGGACAUCUUCCAGACGGUCAAGAUGCUGCGCACUCAGAGACCUGCCACCGUUCAGACAGAGGACCAGUACCAGUUCUGCUACCGAGCCAGUCUGGAGUACCUGGGAAGUUUCGACCACUAUGCAACGUAAACCCAGUUGCUGUCCCUUCAUGCCACAUUCAGCCUAGUUCUCCUUUUUGUAGUGUCACACAAUACCUGAAUAAAUGCACUAGGCUGCGAUGUGUGCGUGAAGAUUUUACCACCACACGCAGAGUUAACGGGGACCAUCGGCUUAUCCUGUACCCAGAAACAGCACCUCUAACUGAGCCAUAGAAACCUGCUUGACAAGGGUGUCUCCUUCCACCCUCAGCCCCCCUAAAAACAUCCCCAUUGGUCAGUGUGAAGAGGCAACUUCAACCACUGUUCCAGUCAGAAUACUUGAUCAAGUAUAGAUUUUUUUUUCUGUGCUUUUUGUGAGCACCCAGAAUUGUGUCGUUUGGGUGUGGAACACUCACCUCGUCCACCACCAGUGUAGCAUCACCAAACGAAAGGCAGGACAAAGCUACAGGUUUCGUUUUUGUCGUUUGUUUUUCCAGUCACAGGAAGUGUUGAUUUUUCUGUCACGAGGAAAGUCCAGAAGGAGUCUACAAAUCCGUCUCACGGAGGCCUUGUAGACCGAGAGAACCCAGACUUUUAAGCACCGCAGCAUUGCCAACAGGAGACUGAACAACACAGAGCACGCAGUAUGAAAGAGACAAACACAUCGUUAACGAAAAAAGGAAAAAAAAAAAAGACAAAAAGGGCCAAGAAGUGUUUUUUUUUCUUUUUUGUUUCGGAAACAGACUUUCGUUUCCUGUGAGUGACAAGGAGAAACGUUCUACCGUACAGUAAUAAACACUACCAGUUCAACCUUAUGCUUCACGGUUUAAAAUAAGGGAAGUACAGAAGGAGCAGUUUGAGAUGCAUAACACAGAAUAAACAUUUAUUUAGUUUUUUAGAAAUAUAUGUGACUAUAUUGUUUUUUUGUUUUUUUUAACAAUAGAAACUGGGUAUUCACUUUGGCACAUGCUUUUGUUUCCUUUUUUUUAUUUUUUUUACAUGUUUAUGAUUUCUGUCCCUACAAAGCAAGGAUGUCCUUUUCUUUCUUUUUCUGUGAAAUCCAAUGAGCUGUAUCCAUUUUUCUGUGGUUUAAAGUGUACAAUCAAUUCUGGUGUGAGAAACGUUUCACAUUUCUACAAGAAAAAAAAAACAAAAAAACAAAAGAAAAAAAAAAAAACACCAUCGAGUAUCACUAUCUUGUAUUCUCCACUCACUCUUUAAGAAAAUGUCCUGCUUCUGGGCAUACACGCACACACGUCUUACACAUACACAUCCCAUUUUAUUUUUUUUUUUAUUUUUUUUACCGCUGCUGCUCCCAGGAAGUCCCAACAACAAUCCUUUGCCAAGUUGUUCUGUGUGUGUUGAUAAAAAGCCAGAGAAAACACAAGUACAGAGUAUGCACAGGAAGUAUGAAAAAAACAACUAUUUAUGUGUCCAAAUAAGCUUCACAAAGAUUUCUCAAACAGGGAGCAAGAAAGGGAUAUAGACAAGGUGGGUGGGGGGUGAAGGGAGGUCAGGGGGAGGAACAAAUUUCUCACUGGAAUGCUCACCUUUGACUUUUCUGUCUGAUUAAGUGUGCAAUAAGUAGAUGUAUUGUAUAUUUUUGUGUCAAGUCACUAACUGCAGUUAUACGCCAUGAUGAUGAUAUUAUAGAUGUUGGGGCGUCAUUUAUACCAGAUACAAGGAUGUUUCACGCGAUGCGGUUUCAGCGUGUCCAGACGGAGGAGUAACCUCUGACCUCUUAGGAUCGGUUAUCACGUCAAAACUUCAAGUAGAUGAUGUCAUCCUUCUGUGUGUCGCAACGAAUGAUCGAACUCAUACUUCAACAGCAUCUAUUUAGUAUUUUGAUUUUAGAUUUCUAGUGCCUUAUAUUACACGCCUAUUUUGAUAAAGUUUCUUUAAAGGCUUUUUUUUCGGUGUAUUUUCUGUAUGUAUGCUUGUGAUUCUGAACGUUUGUGUAUUUGAUUUAGUUAUGUUACGAUAUGUUCAGGUACUUUUGGGUCUUUUUUUGGCUGUGUACUUUUACAUGGGAGGCUCUGGGCAGGUCGAGUAGCUGUAGCAAGGUUAGGUCUGUUUUUGACUAGGUACGUUACAUCACGCGUGACUCGGCUGCACACCAAACGUGGUUUCAGAGCGGGUUGUCGGCAGGACGGUUCGACUAUCCCCAGCCUUUCCAUCUUUGUGUUUCUGCUCCUUUCGUGGAAACUUCAGUUUGCCUGCCAUGAAAUUUUCGGCCAACUUUUUCUGACUUCUUGAGUCGGAUCGGACGGAUCAAACCUGCUCAACUAUGCAGAAAUCUCUAUAAAGCUGAACGGCAGUGGAUCUCUGUUAAGUUUGAUCAGAAAGGAGAAAACCCCCACCAGAGGAGUACUAUGUUACCCACCCAAAAUCAGUCCAACUGCUCACCUCUGUUCCUCAGUCUGACGUUGAUAUUCAUGUAUGUUUUCCAAUAACAGCAAAGUCUAAAAGAAGUUCCGGUGCUAAUGACACAGAACAUAGAUAUUUUUUUUUAUAUACAUAUAUACUUAUCUCCAUUAACGCUUGACCACACAAGAGAUGGUCGACAGUUUUCCGUCAUCUUACAGUAACCCUGUCGUUUUUUUGUAUGCAUGGUACCACUUUUGAGAUGCCCCUUUGGUCACACCAGUUAUGGGAAGACUUGCACUUUCUCUCUUUGUACUAUGCACUAAUACUAGUAUCCUAUUAUCUCUGACAGCCCCGCCCCCAAAAAAGGAGUCUUACUUGAACUCAGUAAAAGUUGGAUUCUGCAAUGCUCACAUGGUUGUGUAUAUGUAAAUAACACAAAACACAGAGAGUAACUGAAAUGCAUAAAUAGAUGGAUAAAUAAGUAAAUUAAAUAUAGCAUUCAGGAGUGAAGAGAAAUUUAUCAGAUAUAUAAGAGUGGUAUAAUAAAGAGGAUGCACCUGAAAUCACAGAUUUAUGGCACAGCCGUAUGUGCAAUACAUCACAUUGUGGAUUUGUUGUACCACAAACAAGAAGUUUCACAAAAAUGUGUUAUAUUUUAACCCCCGCCCCGCCCUCCCUGCAAUGUAUCAUGUAAAUGGAUAAAACUGGAGUUUAUAAAUUGUAUAAAAAAUGAAAAUAUGGUGUGUUACUUGGAUCAGUUACCUCCAAUUGGUCUGUACAUGUAAACUUUUUUUUCAGCUCUGAAUCAACAAGUGCUUUUUAUUUUCUUACAUUGGUUCUCAGAGCGUGUGAAAACAGAAAAAAAAGAGAAAAAAAAACAGGUCUGUCUGGAUUUUUGUUCUUUAUCGACACAAGUUUCAUUUGUUACAAAUAAACUCAAGUGAAAUU